GGAGACUCACGUAGGGCGAUUUGGGGGAGAGUGAGGGGCCGGAGCAGGGAGGGACGGGGGCGGAUAUAUAGUGUGGGACUGGGCUGGCGCUGGGACUCGUAUUCCGCUGAGAACAGAGUGAGGUGGAAGCGGCAGGCUUUAGCCAAGGACUGAAUGUGAGGAGUGAAGGAAAGAUCUGAGUCAAGUGUGACCCCAAGACAUCGGGCGUGCUGGAUAAACGUUGAAGCUCCAUGACUGUCUCACAAUUAUUGCCCCUUUUGGGGCUUUUCUCAUUGUGUUGUGCACACACUGACUUCUUCACGUCCAUAGGCCACAUGACAGACUUACUAAAUACUGAGAGAGACCUGGUAACUUCCCUAAAGGAUUAUAUUAAGGCAGAGGAGCUGAAGCUGGCUCAGAUCAAAACAUGGGCAGCAAAGCUGGAUCAGGUGACUGACACGGCAACAAGGGAUCCGGAGGGAUUCCUGGGUCACCCCGUCAAUGCUUUCAAGCUCAUGAAGCGGCUGAACACAGAGUGGCUGGAAUUGGAGAAUCUGGUGCUCAAAGAUAUGUCAGAUGGGUUCAUCUCCAAUCUGACCAUCCAGCGCCAGUAUUUCCCCAAUGAUGAGGAUCAGACUGGAGCCGCUAAGGCGCUGCUUCGUCUGCAGGACACGUAUAACCUUGACACAGACACAAUGUCUAAAGGAAACCUUCCAGGUGUAAAGCACAAAUCGUCACUAACGGUAGAAGACUGCUUUGAGUUGGGUAAAAUCGCAUAUACAGAGGCGGACUAUUAUCACACAGAGUUAUGGAUGGAGCAGGCACUGCGACAGCUGGAUGAUGGGGAGGAAUCGUCUAUAGACAAAGUCUUGGUUCUAGAUUACCUGAGCUAUGCCGUGUACCAGCAAGGAGACCUGGACAAGGCCCUAAUGCUGACAAAGAGGCUACUGGAACUGGAUCCAGAACAUCAAAGAGGGAAUGGAAAUCUGAGGUACUUUGAAUACAUCAUGUCUAAAGAAAACAAGUCCAGCUCAUCCGUAUCUGAGGAAACCGAACCAAAACGAAAAGGGCGACCCAAAGAUCACCUGCCUGAGAGGCAGAAGUAUGAGAUGCUGUGCCGCGGGGAAGGAAUCAAAAUGACCCCUCGUAGAGAGAAGAGGCUUUUCUGUCGUUACACUGAUGCAAACAGGAGCCCAGGAUAUAUUCUGUCUCCAGUUAAAGAGGAAGAUGAGUGGGACAGACCCCAUAUUGUGCGCUACCACGAAAUCCUAUCUGAUGAAGAAAUUGCAAAGGUUAAGGAGCUGGCCAAGCCCAGGCUAAGGCGAGCCACUAUCUCAAACCCCAUAACAGGAGUCCUGGAGACUGCACAUUACAGAAUUAGCAAAAGUGCUUGGUUGUCUGGUUAUGAAGAUCCUGUGGUCGGUCGUAUCAACCAGAGGAUACAGGAAAUAACAGGACUUGACAUGUCUACAGCCGAAGAACUACAGGUAGCCAACUAUGGAGUUGGUGGCCAGUAUGAGCCACACUUUGAUUUUGGAAGGAAAGAUGAACCUGAUGCUUUUAAAGAGCUGGGUACAGGGAACCGGAUUGCUACAUGGCUGUUUUAUAUGAGUGAUGUUGAAGCAGGAGGCGCAACGGUUUUUACAGAUGUGGGAGCUGCUGUGUAUCCAAAAAAGGGCACUGCAGUCUUCUGGUACAAUCUAUUUGAGAGCGGUGAGGGCGACUACAGCACACGCCAUGCCGCCUGCCCUGUGUUAGUUGGCAAUAAGUGGGUAUCCAACAAAUGGAUCCAUGAGCGGGGACAGGAAUUCCGACGGCCGUGUAAACUGUCAGAAUUGGAAUGAUGCGUCUUUCUGCUGCCAUAUGAAAUCCCCACACUUCUGCCUGGACUGAUCUGUAUGGUAGCAGCCAACUGAUUAUCUAAAGAAUCCUUAGGAAAUGAACAGACACCAUUAAUACUAAUCUCUGUAUUAUUAGGAUGGGAACAUUUCAGAAUUUCCUGUUUACGUCUAUUCAAGAUGAAGUGUGAUAUUUCUGCAUACAGAGUUUAGUCCUCUGUGUUCUCAAACAGGUGGCUGUGUCACCCAGACCGGCCUCAGAUUAUCCGAUCCAUAUUGGAAAAAUUGUAACGAAAAUCUACCAAGGCAGCUUUGUGCUGUUUUUAUCUUUGUGGUGUAAUUCUGCCAAAAAAAAUAAAAACAAAUCCUAUGGCAAAAGUCUCUGAACCCCUUGGUUGCUAAAGACAGUUGUACCACCUUGCUAUGCAAUAUGUUGCAGCUGUGGUUAGCACCAAUGGGCUAUCGUAUUCUGAAGAAUAAUAAACCUUCUACUUUACUGUAACAGUCGCUUCUCUGAGGAGCUCUUGCAAGUGAGCUGCUGCCCCCUAAUUUUAAGCAUUAUUCUAACAAAUUCCUUAUUUGUUGAGGAUGGAUUUAAACUCAAGUAACACAUUUGUGAAUCCAUAUUUUCUGUGUACACUUUUUUUGUUUUUUGCCUUUUGUGCAAACUUUCCAUGUCACCCAGGACUCACUAGUUCAGCAGAACGAGCUGUUCCUCUAGCUACCUGUAAACCGUGCCCUAGGCUGAGCUAACGUGGCGAAUUGCUGCUGCAUUACAGGCUGACAUUCAUGUGUACGUGUAUUAAACCAUUCACCAGUCUUAUUCGGAAGCGCUGCCUCUUAUGCAUGACACGGUAUGAAGGCCAGUAAUCUGACUUGUGCAAUAGUGAGCUUUAGUUUGUAUGUUCACUUUAAACAAAUCCAAAUUUGUAAACUAAAAGGAAUAGAGAUGGUUUUUAUUGCUCUUCGUUGAUUUCAGUGAUUUCGGUGCAUCCUUCAUUUCUUAGAAUGGGGAUUUUUACUAGUUGCUGGUUUUUAUACCGUUGUCUUUCAUCAGUGCCUUAGCUUUCCGUAGGCUGGAUCGUGGGCUUACUAUGACGCCUCCUGUUCUAUACAGUAAGUGUUGUUUAGAUCACUUCAUAUGUUACGUCACAAGCAUUUCAUCUGGUCAAAGCCAUAUUCAGGCAUUAAACAAUGAGGUACAAGCAAAUAAUUUUUGUAUUUCAAAACUUUAUUUUUGACAAAGAGAUUCCACCUAUUUAUAUUCCAUUUAAAAUGUUUGUUUUAUACGUGUUUCUGGGGGUUAUGGGUAUGCACAGAAGUCAGAAGAAUUCCUCUGCAUACAGCAGAAUUGUGUUUGUAUUAUCUUGCACUGCAUCCUCCUCCAUAUAAUUAUAUUUCUAAAAAACAA